CGCCCGUUCCAUGUCCUCCUGACGGCGCAGGCAAGCCUGUACCAGGAGUGGCAGACGCGCAUCAUGCACUACCACUACCGCAAGGUGGUGGUCGCCGCAAACCCGUGCAGCGAGAUGAGCGGGUUCACGCGCAUCCUCGCCUCAGCGGGCGGCAGGGGCGACUCGCUGAUGGACACCAUCCCGACCAUCGUCCUCCUCUCGAGCAGGCCGGCCCCCAACCCUACCCCUACCCCUAUCCAGGUGAUCAACCGCCCUUGGACGAUCGCCCAGAUGGUGAAGACGGACGCGUGGCGGGCGAUGGUCCCUGAGGACUACGUCUACAUUGCAGAGACAGACCACAUCCUGCUGCGGGAUCUGCCCAACCGAGCGACCCCGGCGCUGAACGUGGCAUUCUUCUUCCCGUACAUGUCUGCCGCGCCGGAGAGGCAGGCGGCGGUCGUGCGGCGAUACUACCAAGGCGACCACCGCGACGUGCAGCCGGUUGGCCCGUCGCCGGCCAUCAUGCACGUUGACACGCUCAAGCGGCUGGCGCCGCUAUGGCUCGAGUUGUCGGUCCGGCUGAAGCGGGACCGCGAGGCGGACGCGGCGCUGGGGUGGGUGCUCGAGAUCAUGAUUCAUUGUUACUUCUUCAUCAGGAGCCGUGCAUCUGCCACCACACACAUGACUCAUGGCUGGCUAUUGACGAGGAAGCCAUUCCUUCUCACUCAGGACCCGUACAUCUACCACUACACCUUCGGCGUCGAGUACUCCGUCGACGGACCUCCCGCCCGCCGUCGCAUAGGCGAGUGGUCGCUCGACAAGCGGCACUACUUUGGCGCCCUGCCUCCGAAGCAGCUGGCGCCGCCCCCG